GGAACACUGGAGACAUGAGCUGCGUGAUAUCAUUGCCUGGAAGGUCGACAAAGCUGUUAACUGACACUCUGAUGGAGUCAGCUCUUGACUCGAUGCUGGGGUAUAUGUCUCGACAAUAAUCAUCUGAACCCAGCAGCACAAAAUGAUGAAAACUUCAAGUCAUUCUAGGCAUUGUCUCCAUGUACGCUUUUCACAACAAAAACACCUGGAUCACGACAUCUAUGAAGCCUCUUGAGACCUUCAGCAUCAACAAGGAUGAACAAGACAAAGUCCAAUCAAACGACAAAAUGGGGAACUGCUUGCGCCCAAUGUGCUGCAGCCAAAGCAAAGUGCUCUCGAACGUCCGAGACACGAGGGUCCAAGUGUGACAGAUGCGAGCGGUUGCUCAAGACCUGUACGGAACGAAUACAGGGGCCCAGGAAGCAGAGACAGUCAAGGACAGCAAGCAGGAAAGAAUAUACAUCUCCUUCCCUCGACGGUGACACCUGCGGCUCCCUUUCACCUUCCUCCACCACGUCAACUGCAGAUUUCACAUCAACAUCAAUCGCCGACCUUGCUGCCGACAUCAAAAUACCUCUGAAACAGGCCCCAUCAAGAAGCGGGACCUCAUCACCCUUACUCUCUAUAACCCUCUCCCCGUCUCCCGCCCUCCGGACAUCCGUUCCGCCUCUCGAUAAUCUCCAAAGUUAUCCAUGGUCCCCAUAAAGUCCUACAGCAGAUCAAGACGCUGUGCAAACGUUCCUGACCCAAAUCCAACCAAGUUUCCCGUUUAUAUUAGUUCCAAACAACGUGGAUAGUCAAGCGUUGG